AUGCCCUGCCCUGGUCGUAUUGUCACCGAGCGUGCCGACCCCAUCAUCUCCCCUGGACAAGUCUCCGGCCACACUCACACCAUUUCCGGUGGUAAUGGCUUUAAGUUUGACAUGGACUACGCCGAUGCUCGUUCUUCGGACUGCUCUUCUUGCCCCAUCAAGGCGGAUCUUUCGAACUAUUGGACCCCUCUGCUCUACUUCCAGCACCAGAACGGAUCGUUCGAGAGUGUCCACCAGUCCGGCGAUGGUACUGGUGUUUAUGGCGGUAUGACCGUCUACUAUCUCCAGCGUGGUGGUCCCAACAACGACAAGCUCCAGGCCUUCCCCGAGGGCUUCCGCAUGGUCGCUGGUGACCCCUUCAAGCGCAACCACACUAACGACUUCGCAUCGGAGGCCGUUAGUUUCGUCUGCCUCGACUACGCUGGCGGCUCCAGCACUAGCGAUGGUCUUCCUACCAAGAACUGCCCCGAUGGUCUCCGUGCCCAGGUCUUCUUCCCUUCGUGCUGGGAUGGUGUCAACCUUGAUUCCGCUGACCACAAGUCUCACAUGUCGUACCCCGUUGGCGGUAGCUACGACAGCGGCAGCUGCCCCAGCAGCCACCCUGUCCACUUGAUCUCCAUCUUCUUUGAGGUUAACUACAACACCGGUGACUUCAGCAACCAGUGGUAUGGCAGCGGCCAGCCUUUCGUCUUUGCUAUGGGCGACCCUACUGGCUACGGGUUCCACGGUGACUUCAUCAACGGUUGGGACGUUCCUACUCUUCAGAGCGCUAUCGAGGAGUGCACCAACGACAGCGGUCUUCUGUCUGACUGCCCUGUCAUCGCCAAUGAUUUGUUUACUACCCAGGAGAGUCAAGCUUGUAUCAUUCCUCCUCAGAUUGACGAGCAGGUUACUGGCUUGCUUGAGGCUCUUCCUGGCUGCAACCCCGUCCAGAAGGGUCCCGGCGAGGCUUCUGUUCAGACCUGCGCCAACACCAACAGCAAGGUCGCUACCAUCGGUGCCUACCAGCAGUACUUCAAGGAUGUCACUUCGUCGCUUAAGUGGCAGUAUGUUGGCUGCGGUACCGACAACGUUGGCAGCCGCACCUUCACCGCCGCUUCGACCAGCAGCAAUUCCAUGACUAUCGAAUCCUGCAUUUCCUUCUGUUCGGGCAAGGGAUACAGCUACGCAGGUCUUGAGUACGCAUCCCAGUGCUACUGUGGCAACUCGCUUCCUUCUGAUCGCGCACCUCAGACCGGCAUUCUCGGCAACUGCUUCACCCCCUGCGCUGGUGACAGCACCGAGUACUGUGGUGGUGGCAGUGCCCUGUCCAUCUACCAGAGCUGCAGCGGUCUUUCCAGCUGCACCAACAAUGCCUACACUGGUCCCGAUGGUGGUUCCGUCUCUGCACUCCACCGCAAGGGCAAAGCUCCUGCCUCGGCAACCAAGAACGCACGCUACGCCGCCGCUGUCGCUUACAAGGAGGCUGCUGACGAGCAAGCCGCUGAGGUCAAGGCCAAGCUCGCUGCCGGCAAGGUUCGUCGUCACUUGGCUGAGUUGAAGGCUGGACGUCACCACUAA